AUAGAUAGAUCUAAUGAUCUUUGGAAUAUCUUGAAAGUUUCAGCCGAAAAGAAUGUUCCAUUGUUGAACUAUUGAGUUUCCAAAUAAAGUCGGCUUUUGUGACAAGUGACAAUUUUUUGGAAGUUUAAUAUCUCGACAGCAGAACAUUUUUAUCAGCUGAAAUUCUCAGGAUAUUCUAAGGAUCGUUAGAUUUAUUUUUGGAAAAAAAUACAAGUUGAAAAUUCAGUAAAAUAGUUGUAGCUCAGCGUCAGAGAUUCAUGGACAUGAACCCUUUUUGGAUUUUUCUAGUUUUAUCUGCAUUUCCUUGUGAGUCUAAUAUCAGUUGAAACGACGAAUUUUAAUUGAAGUUAUUUUUUCGUGUUAUAUAGUCCUGAACAUGUCUAAGACAACGAACAUGUUUUAUUCAAAAUAUUUAGUUUCCAAAAGAAAAGUUGUUAGCGCAAUACCUGCAGGAUUAAAACCCAUAUUUCUACCUUAAUAUUUGAAAACUCCUUUUAGAUCUUAUUUCACAAGAUUGCAGCUUGCUAUAAGAGGACAUGAUAAUCAAGUCUACUUGGAAACAUAACAUUUCGAGAAAGAUAUGUUCGUUUUCGUAGAAACUUUCAAGGCUAUCUAAUGACUCUUAAAUCUGCCUAUAAACUAAAUUUCAGCUUUUCGUACUUGUCUUGUCUUCUUUUCCAGUAGACCAUGGGUUCGAAUUCAGUCAAGCUUUUCCUAGUCUAACGAGAUCCAACAGUUGGAUAUGUUUUUGCAUCAGCUAUGCAAAAUGAAACCAUUCUCUCCUAUAUCCAGAAUAUUGAGUGAUAAGCCUUUCAUCUUCUUAUAUGAUAGAUUUCCUAUGUAAAUUCAAAAAUUAAAUUUUUACCUACAUAAGAACUAAUUGGUUGAAUUAUGAUCCCAACAAAUCUUCCUACCAUUUUUAUGAUUAGGAAAGUAAAUCGUUGCCGAGAUUUCUAAAAUAAAUAGUUACAAACUUAAAAAAAUUGAGAAAGUCUAUGUAAACCUACAAGAUUUAAAUAAUAAAUUAUAAAAUAUCUUAGAGGUAUUCCAGCAAUAAAUGGAAAAGGUGAACGUCUUCUUCUUUUUCUUGGUAUUAUUGAUAUACUACAAACAUUUGAUAUCUGUAAAGUAAUGCAACGACAAUAUCAAACAGUUGAAAAUCGUGAUGUUAUUAAUGAACGUUCGAUUGUUGAAGCAGAUUUUUAUGCAAAGCGUUUUAAAGAAUUUCUAUUUGAACGUGUUUUUCAUCCAGAUGAUGAUGAAAUUCUAACAAAUCCAAUUAGCACAUUAACAUCUUCUCUUUAUCAACAAACAUCUAAUGAACAAAAUACAUCUUUUAAUUCUUCCAUCUAUCCACAAUUACAUUUUUCUUAA